AUGGCGCGUAGCCAAGAAGCAACGCGUCUUCUGGUGCUGCUGGCGGUUGCCGUGCUGCCUCCUGGCCUUGCGGUUUUUAACUCAGAGGAGCUGCUGCCCUACGCUGAGCUAGACGAGUCCGCGGCGCAAUUUCGAAGAACUUUGUUGCAGGUAUCAGGAUCAGCCGGCGCCGCGGGAUCAGCCGCGGGCGGGGAAGCUGGAGGGGGAGGGGACGCAGCCACCUCUCCCCGCGUUCCCCCCCUCCCGCAAACCCCGGAGGAGCACUGCGCGGUGACCCGCGGGUCUUGGUGCGGACAUUACUACAGACAGCCCUUAGUCCCUCAGCAGCAGCAGCAGCAGCAGCGGACAUGGCGUCGCUCUUGGCCGCAGAUUCCAACACCCCGGCCACCUCCCAAGCGGGGUGAUAAGCCAUGUCCCAAUGACUGUAGCGGUGUGGGGCAGUGCCAGUACGACUUCGGCAUCUGCUACUGCCCUGCCGGGUACGGCGGCGCUGACUGCAGCCAGCCUCGCAAGCGGCCGUGUUGGCGCAUGGGCCCCGACAAGCGCGACCUCGGGUGGCACAACUACACGGAGUGGUCGCAUUCGCGUUGUGCAGGUAUUUGCGAUGACGACAUCGCCAUGUGCUACUGCCCCCCCGAAACCAAGUACGGCAGGAUUGAGGCGCCGCCGGGGUCACCCCUGGGCACGCCGCCCGUACGUGCUGGUCGGCCGCUGUACUGGUGCCAACCGUCAACGUCGCUACAGCAGCCGUACCGGUGUGGGGGGGGGAGAGGGAGUACGACAAUGCGCCAUCUCCUCUGCGGCACUACCGCCACCUCACUCAUCCUGAAAGCUGUACGACCGGCAGCUGAACGGGGCAGUAAUGUACGGCCUUGCCCGCCCGACAAGUCUCUCAUGUUGUCACAUGCCUCACCCCGGCAAUGUUUUCUGGUUUGUGUUUACGUACAUGUCCAUGUACGUCAACAACAGGACGAGCAAGGCAACAAAGUUCUGUGGGGCGCUGUCACGUACGAGAAUUUAUUCGGACGGGAGGGUUGGUGCAAUGGAGAUGUCCCCUCGUUCAUGUGCCCAUGCAGGAAUGGGGGUGUCGGUGAGGGUGACGAAACCCCUCAAGACGCUCCAGACGGGCGAGCGGGCCUCCUCCGCGUAGUGGGUGGGUGGGGCGGAGGUAGGGGGAGGAUUGACGGCCGCGUGGGCACCCUGUGUAACAUCAUCGUGGAGCAGUUCUGUGUGAACCAGUGUUCGGGUCGGGGGGAGUGUGACCAGGGGUUCUGCAGGUGCCAUGCGGGCUGGUACGGACAUGACUGCAGCCGGCGGCGGGCGGGGCUGCCCGUGGACACCCCCCCUGACUACCUGACCUCCAAGCCGUGGUUAGAACCCGCCGUCACUCACCCCGUGGCGGCGGAGGACCCGCCCACGACGGCUCCCAAGCGGGACCUGGUCAUCCCCGCCUUCAAGCGCUCCGAGCACUUCCGUAGCUCCCCCUAUGUGGGGGCAGCGCCCUCCGAGAGGAACGUAUUCCUGUUCUUUAGGGGGGACCUGAGACUGGCUCCGGGACAGGACCCGGAGUGCAAAUAUAGCAGGUGCAUCCGCCAGACGUUGUACAAUCUGAGUAUUUCUGAGCGGUGGCGCGAGAAGUACAAUGUACUGCUGGGUGACACAUCUACCGUACACGGGGACUACAGUGUACUGCUGUCUCAGUCGCUGUUCUGUCUGGUGGCGCCAGGUGACGGUUGGUCUCCCCGUCUGGAGGAUGCCGUACUUCACGGAUGUAUUCCUGUCAUCAUUAUGGAUGAAGUGCAGGCUGUGUUCGAGUCCAUCCUGGACCUGCCCAGCUUCUCAGUCCGGAUACCCCAGGCGAACAUGACCCAAAUCGUCACCAUUCUGAAGGGGAGAAGUAGCCAUAAAAAGAAAAGGGACCACGCACAAGCCCGAUCACCACUGCAGGGGCCCGGGAUAGUCCGCACCCUACAACCUCGGAGCGGCACUAGGGAAGAAAUUGGGUUCUUCCCUGCACUAGCCAUUCCCGCGGGACGAGUGAAGGCGAUGCAAGAAAACCUGGCCAAGGUCUGGUUCAGGUAUCGCUAUUUGGGUGUCAAGAUGGCCCAACGAGAUGCGGUGGAGGUUGUCAACCGACACCGGGAGAUGUACGGCGGUCAGCUGCGACCCAACCCUGGAGUGCAGUACGCGACGAGUCACGUGGACGACGCGUUCUCCACCCUCAUGCAGUGGCUGUACGCCAGGAUUCCUGAGGUGCACGGGGGCGGGGCAGGUUUGUCGGAGUUUAGCCGGGACCAGGCUUCUUGGAAGUUAUGCGAAAUCCGGUGGGGAUUUGCCGCUACAACGACGGCAGUGUCGUCUGCUAAAAUUUAA